AUGCUUCUCAACGCUCAGACUCUGGCACUGGCCGCUUUUUUCUCGACACUGGCUACCGGACGGCCUUUGGACUCGUCGAAGCCCCGUGAGAUUGUCCCACGCAACAAGAGCUAUUCGGUUGUCAAUGUCGGUGGAGACGCCUCAACCCCGGUCGCAACAGCCACUUCGGUGAUCAAAACGACGAAGACGGUCGAAGUCGUCGGACCGGCACAGACUGUCACCCAAGAAGUCACUGCGACUGUUGUCGAGCCUCAACCGGCGCCCGCGUCGACAUCUAGCUGCAGCUCGAGCAGUAUGUUGGAGUCGUCGUCGUCAUCGUCAACACCCACACCAGUCUCGUCUACUCCUACGCCAACACCUACAUCAACAUCAUCGGUCAAAACUACAUCAACUCCUAGCCCAUCGGUUCCCUCGCCAACAUCAACUGCAACACCGACGAUCUCAGGCCUGUCUUCCAGCAGCAUCUCAACGCCAGUUGAGACGCCGAAGCCAAUCUUCGUCACGGUCACGCUAUCGCCAGACAAUGGCCCCACGGAGUACUACGAUGAUGGCAUGUGGCACACGCAUUACCGCGUUAAGACGUUCGAAGCCGCUGCAGCUGUCACCGCGGCGCCAUAG